AUGAGAGAUUUCUCUGAUUACAUCUUAGAUCAGGGUCUUUUCGACCUUCCUCUUGCUGGGGGCACUUGUACUUGGUCGCUCAGGAUUGAUCCUCUCGUUUGGUAUAGGAUUGAUCGCUUUCUAGUCUCCCCAGAUUGGGAAGCCUGGUUCCCUAUGGUUUCUCAGAAGAGGCUUCCUCGCCUUUAUUCAGACCACUUUCUGAUUCUUCUCAAUUGCGUCAACAUCUCUAGGGGGAAAAGGCCUUUCAAAUUUGAGAAUAUGUGGCUUAAAGCGGAUGGCUUUGAAGCAGGAUUUGAAGAUAUGGAUGAAGAGGUGUUUGGUAGUGUAGAGAGGAACAAGAGGAAGUUGUUUGAUGAACUUCAGGCAUUUGAUUCUAUUGAAAGUAGUAGGGCUCUUGUUGAGGAGGAGAUUCUAAAGAAGACGGAGAUUGUCAACGAGAUAGAAUUUUAG